GUCUGCUAGGCGCCGAUGUUUCAAGAUUCUGAGCGUUGUUGCGAGAGAUUUAGCUUUUUACUAAAUUUUUCCGGACAACAAAGAAUUCAUGCGAAGAUUUUCACUUGAUUGAUGAGCCAAAAGCCACUUGAACAAAAUGACGGCACUCUCUAGGUAUCAGAAAAUGCUGGCAUGCUCUACGUCACCUGCUUCUUCUUCUAGUUGCAGGCUUGGCGCCACAAGCUGCCCUAUGGUGCAAAAGCAUACGAAUACAUUGGGGCAGACGCAUGCAAGAAGCCUUCUCGACCAACACAAGAUGACGAACUCUUCGUGUCCAAUCCAAAGCCAGAUCAAUCCGACACCACAUCUUCAACAAAAACGUUUCGUGACAACUGACGGUCCGUUUCGGCAUCGGCGUGGUAAUUUCGUGCCCAAGCGCAAGCACUACGAUCGAGUCCUAUGCCACGCAGACGUUCCGACCUUGGUCAGCACGGCUAAACAUUAAGGAAUAAUUGUUUCUUACAAGAACUCUGAGGAUUAUUAGCUGUCUGAGAAGUAGUUUAAACAAUAAGAGUGUACUGACGAACCGGAGAUCGUGCUCAACUAAGCCAGCCUCCUCAUUUGGUUUAGUUUGUCAGCCAACUACGAUUACGUGUAACUUCUCCGAGGACAAACUCUCCGACAUUCUCUCUUCAAACUGAAAAAACUCUAACUCAUAUAUAAACUCAAAAAAACUCAAACUCAAAAAACUCUAAGAACAAGUCCUGGCCGCACCAAAGAACGACCCAUUCGUCAGGCGUUCUACCGCCAGGGCCUUUUGGACGGUGUACUCGGAACGGUUUAGGCGCUGUCUCCACCUCUGCAGCAUACGGGAGAUUCAUUUGGUGUUGAAGUUAUGCGGUUCAUAGUUCGUUAAUCUAUUUACUAUUGCGAUGGAUGCCUGCAGAUCAGGUACAUUACAGUUAGAAGAUCUUGACAUCUUCCAGCACUGUUCUCCUUGCUUCAAGGCCUACUUACUAUUGCGACUAAAAUGAGAUAGAAGUACCUAUGAGCGCGAAUGUUGGUGAACUGCAACGUGCUACAUACAUACAGUUACAGACAUACAUACAUACAUACAUACACGCAUACACACAUACAUACGCACAUACCUAUGAAAGGCAUCCACGAGGACAUUAGGCUUAGUACAACAUAAAAUGGCUUGUUCUUGUUGUAGUACUGAGACAUUAUCGAGAGCAACGAGUGUCAAGAAGAUGCGUUGUAAGCUGAACAGCACUUGUUCUCUGUCCACAUCACUUGUUCUCUUUCCACAUCAAAAACAGCCUAGUCCCUGCUUCCUCUAACGGCCGCAUUCCACGUCUCUCGUGUCGGCCAUGAUGCCGUGUUUGCCGCUGCUGCUACACACUUGGCUAAUUUUCGGAUGGCUUCUGUUUUCGAGUAUGCAAACCCAAAUGCGAAUUUGCGACAUGCUGGUAGUCUUGUGUCACCCUCAGCCAACUUUCAAGAGAGGAGGAAGAACAGUUGGCCACCUUUCGUCGUGUACGAUCUGAUGAGAAUAUACGCAAAGAGAGCUAUUGUAGUUGGUGGAGGUGGUGGUGGGAGAGCAGAACGAGUAGAUGGUGGUGGUGGUGGUGCUUUGGAUGAAGAAAGUAGUAUUAGAACAAGCGGGGAUCAUUGUUCUACUUCUAAUUCAUGUACUAGUAGUGAGAGUUGUGAAGAGAAUGGGGGAGAUGGAGCAGGAUCUUCCAGCACGUCAUCAGGUGUUGGAGAAGGAUCCAGCACCAGCAGAAUCAAGAACGUCCAUUAUCAAACUUUUGUCCGACAGCUAGCAGAGCAACUUUUGUACUCAGGCCUAAGCGGUAGUCCGGUUCGACACGUCUUAGGCAUGUUAGCAGUCCUUAAGGAGACUGAGAAUGUUACACUAGGGGAGACGGCGCCACCGAUUGGCUUGUUGAACCGAUUUGCUGACAAAGUUGCUUCAGAAUUCCAGUCCUUUGACGAGUUGAGGACUUUGCUCAGGUUCUUAAAAGAGGACUUCAAAGUACUAGACAGAACAACAUCAGGGUUGGCUGCUUCUACCGAUGUUGGAGAACAAGGCCAUCUCCAAGAAAGAACAGCAACUUCAUCAUCAUCAUCAUCAUCAUCAUCAUCAUCAUCAUCAUCUAGGAGUAGUUUCAUACUAGACUCGAUCUUGGGGCCCCGUCUUGCUGGAUUAACGACUGUACAAGGCAAAGGCUCUGGUGAAGAGAGCUUUUCCAGUGGCAUUCCUGACAGCAGACGAGAAGCAGGCGAACAGUAUUUGACAGCGGAAAGAGUUAUGAGAUUUCGAGAUGAAGAUGCGUGUAGAGUAGAUGUUUCUUCGUUGCUAGAUGAUACUUUUUCCCCCAAGAAAACGAUAGAAAUCAGGUACACAACUGAAACUCUUUCUUUUCUUCUCUCACCCUUCCACCGCCCCUGAUGUUCAUACACCUCUGGCCACUACUCCGUUGCUUUUUAGACGUCGACGUCGAGCCGCCUGUGGCUUUUUUAGAAAGUGUACGGCCACUCUUCGAGGCUGAGCUUGCUCUUCUAGGAAGUGCUAAAGUGCAGGCGAUACGACAGGUCUAUGCACAGGCUGGUUUGUCCUUUGGAGGAGAGGGGUACUUUCCUCCAGUAGAAGAGGAAGUGGAGCAGGAAGUAACAGCAGCAACAGCAAGUUAAAAAGUGGGAAGGGCAACAGAUAAUGACGAUCACUGCGCUAUAACCAAGAGGAUCAGAUCAUGACGCUACAACAGUGUAAUAAUAAUCUUCGACUUCGACAACAUAUAAAGACAGCCGUACCUGAGCUGGGCUCUCGCAGGGUGAUAGUACAAUUUUGCGCCGCAAUCGUCAUGACAUUUUGGCACCUAGAAGGAUGAAUCCAAAUUUUUUUGCAGCGGUAGUUGUUCCCUUGCUCUUCCCGG